AUGACCGGAAGCGCUGCGACUUGGGUGAACCAGGCGAAAAAUAACACUGAAAACUUUUUUAACAACGAGGUGAAGCCGAAGGUCGGCAACAUGACGGAAAACGCCAAAGACUGGGUGGAAAACCAGGGGAUGCCGGCCGUGAAGGGCGCGUGGAAUGAUACGAGCAACUGGUUCGAGCAGGCCGGGCAGGCGGUUGGCCAGGAGGUGAACAACGGCGUCAACGCGGUCAAGCAGGCUGGAGACUGGGUGCAGAACAAAGCAGCGCCUGCUGUCAAGGAAGCUGCUAGUGAUACGGGUGAUUGGGUGCAUGAGAAAGCCGUCCCAGCCGUGAAGACUGCCGCCAGUGAUACGGGCGACUGGAUCAACGACAAGGCUGUGCCCGCCGUGAAAUCUGCGGCUUCUGACACUCACGACUGGGUGCGCGACACGGGUGUUCCUGCUGUGGGAAAGGCGGCUUCUGAUGCCGGCGACUUCAUCCAGGGCAAGGACCGGAAA